AUGGUCAACGUUGCCAUUGCGGGCGGAACAGGUGCUGUUGGGCGUACCCUUCUGGAGGUGAUGGCUUCACAGACCCGACAUCGUGCGUUCGCCCUCACACGAAGAGAGCCCACCGAAGAUGAGCAGCUACUUGUCCCAACAUACCAAGUCAACUACGAGGACAUCGAUUCGCUCAAGCUAUUCCUGGAAGAACACAACAUCCACACGGUCAUCAGCGCCUUCGGCAUCAACGCUACUUCCCUCGCAACAUCGCAGCUGAAUCUCAUCAAGGCUGCUGAUGCAUCGUCUGUCACUAAGAGAUUCAUUCCUAGCUCCUUUGCCAUCCCUUAUCCGGAAGAAGAUGUCUCUAUUCUGCCACCUCUUGAACACUACUUUGCUUCUUUCAGAGCCCUGGCAAAUUCUAACCUCGAAUGGGCCCCCGUCUAUAAUGGCACAUUCCUAGAGUACAUCGCACCCCCAACACUGAAGUCGUACCACCCGCACAGUGUGCUGGUACUUGAUAUGGAGAACAAUAUUGCUGCGAUCCCCGGAAAUGGCAACACACCAGUUACUUUCACGUACACCUUUGAUAUCGCACGAUUCGUGAUUGCCGCGCUCGAUCUCGAAAAGUGGCCCCGGGAGCUCCGCAUUGUCGGUGACGAACUGACCUUCAAUGAAUUAUUGAAGCUUGCGGAGGAGGUAAAGGGGGUUAAAUUUGACGUCGUCUACGAUGAUAUCGACAAGCUGAAGGCAUCACAAAUUACGGAGCUACCGGGUCAUGUCAAGUCGUAUAACAAGUUUCCUAAGGAGAGGCUUCAGUGCUUCUUGGCUAUUUUUGAAACUUGGAUGGCUACGGGUCAGGCGCGGGUUGCUAGGGAGGGAAGUUUGAAUGAGAUAUUUCCGGAUAUUAAGCCUCUUACUGCUAGGCAGAGACCUUCUGAAAGCGCAAGCCAUGCAGCAACUGUGAGGAAGUACGGGGAAGCAUUGGAUAGCCUUACCCUAAUCGUCAAACCGCGCUACCAUAUUGUUAUACUCUUAUCCGAGAUCGCAUCGAACGAUGUACUGGUAGGGUUUGAAGAGGUAGACUUUAUAUCUUCGCCGGAAGAAGGCCAAUUUGAAGAGGUGCAGGCAUUUUGUAGACUAGCUACAUUAUUCGGUUAUAUUUCCGAAAUCAAGACGCAUAACUGGGAUGCACAAAACCAGUAA